AACGCGGCGCGAGAUUCCCGCGGCAUCUCGUCUCCUUCCUCCGCGAUGUUCGCCGGCUGCUGCGCGCUGCGACUGCGCAUGCGCAUACUCGGGGCCCUUCGGGGUGGCGCGCGUCUGAAGGAUGCUCAGCAGAGGUCAUUUUCUUCUGCACAAGUCAGUCAAAAAGAUUGUUCUCUACCCAAUAACUGCUGGAACCAAGAUCUAAAACGCCUCUUUGAGCAGUUCAUGAAAAAAUGUGAAGAUGGCUCCUGGGAACGUAUACCUUCAUAUAAACCUCAGCAAGACCAGGACUACAAAACCCACCUUCUUGAUGCAAAGAAGAUCAAGGAAGAACAAAUGUCCCUUGCCCGACUCUUUACAAGAAGCCUUGAGGAUGGUCUAGGGUUCGAAUAUGUAAUGUUCUAUACAGAGGCUGAGAAAAGGACAGUCUGCUUGUUUCAAGGAGGCCCUUUCCUGCAAGGAGGGCCUGGGUUCCUUCACGGAGGCGCCAUUGCCACCAUGAUUGACGGGACUGUUGGCACGGCUGCAUUAAUAUUUGGAGGGAUUGUCAUGACCGCCAAUCUCAACAUCAAUUACAAAAAACCUAUCCCCCUUUUGUCUACUGUUAUCAUCAAUAGCCAAGUGGAUAAGAUUGAAGGAAGGAAAGUAUAUGUGUCCUGUACUGUUCAAAGUGCUGACGAGAAGACACUAUACACGGAGGCAACAAGUUUAUUUAUAAAGCUGGACCUCGACAAAAGUUUGCAAUAAAGGAACUACUGGAGAGUUCCACACCAGUUCACCUCAGACUUUUCCUCCUCUGGAAGAAGUAGUUCCCCCAGUCCUGCUCUUCUGCACAGUGGAGCCCCUCACCAGGGGAAGCUAACAACAACCCUCUGAAUCCAACACCAGAAGCGCUAGACGGAAGGGGGAAAAAAAAGUCACAAACUUGAAUAUGCCAGAAAACAAAA